AAUGUUCACAUUCCAGUGCUCUUACAAUUCCACGCCUGUUCAGACAUUAGCCGGGCAGAGUCUAAUGUUAUUCAUGAUCUUAUCAUCCAACAUCCUUCAAAAUUAAUUGCACCCUCUCUCUUUCUCAGCACGCUCUCCGAUAGGUCUCUGCUACUGUCAACGCCAAGAAUGAAGGCCGUUGUGAUAACCAGUCCCGGUGGCCCAGAAGUGCUGCAACUGCAAGAGGUGCGGGAGCCCGAGCUCAAAGACGACGAGGUCUUGAUCAAGGUAGAGGCCACGGCGCUGAAUCGGGCGGACACGGUGCAGAGGAAAGGCUCGUACCCACCCCCCAAGGGUGCGAGUGAGUUCCCCGGUCUCGAAUGUUCCGGGACCAUCGUGGCCGUUGGAAAAAAGGUUUCCCGCUGGAAAAUCGGCGAUGAGGUUUGUGCUCUUCUUAGUGGAGGAGGGUAUGCUGAAAAGGUGGCUGUUCCGGCUGGACAAGUUCUUCCUCUCCCACAUGGUGUUUCAUUGCAGGAUGCUGCUAGCUUGCCUGAGGUGGCAUGCACUGUUUGGUCAACCGUCUUCAUGAUGAGUCGGCUUUCUGCGGGGGAAACAUUUCUGAUUCAUGGGGGCUCCAGUGGUAUCGGAACAUUUGCAAUUCAGAUAGCUAAAUAUCAAGGAGCAAAAGUGCUUGUCACAGCAGGGUCUGAGGAAAAGUUAGCUGUUUGCAAGAAUCUUGGGGCUGAUGUAUGCAUCAACUACAAGACACAGGAUUUUGUUCAACGGGUGAAGGAAGAAACUGGCGGAAAAGGCGUUGAUGUUAUUCUGGAUCAUAUUGGAGCAUCCUACUUAAAGCAAAACCUUGAGAGCUUAAAUUUUGAUGGGAGGCUCUUUAUCAUUGGCUUUAUGGGUGGCACAGUUGCGGAAGUCGAUCUCCGUGUUAUGCUUGCAAGGCGCCUCACAGUGCAAUCGGCUGGCCUACGACACAGAAGUCCGGAAAACAAAGCAGUGAUUGUUAGUGAGGUGGAGAAAAUUGUUUGGCCUGCUAUUAGGGCUGGCAAGGUGAAGCCAGUGGUUUACAAGUCUUUUCCACUAUCUGAAGCAGCAGAGGCUCACCGGUUGAUGGAGAGCAGCGAACAUAUUGGAAAGAUACUGCUUGUUCCAUGAUUCUGUGGAUGGAUGUUCUUGUCACUGAAGUGGGUGAUAUGUUUUUAGACAUGGUGAGCUUAACUACGAUCUUGUACAAAGUUACUAGUGCAUGUAUCGUCUGUCACUGCUUUUUACAUGUUUUUUGUCUUGUGAGGGGAAUAAAGCUAGCAUAAUAGAUCUUCGACACUGAAAGUUAGCUACUUGCAUUUUACAUUAUUAGUUAUUGGAAGAUUAAUUUCUAAUACAAAAAGAUAUGCUUCUUAA